GACUUUUACCGGCACCUUACAAAGUAGGACCAACCCCGUUCCCCAAUGUCAAUCACACCUCCAGUCUCUCGUUCAUUAUUUCCCAAUGCUAGUUGUUCUCUCUUGCUAAUUCUGUUUGUAGCUUGGAAAAGGCUGGUCCAAAAACCCCUACUCCCUAUGUUCAACUGAUCAUCUGUACUGGUAAUAUUUCAAUAAUUAUUUUUGUACCCUCAAUGAUUAUUAAGCAUAACGCCACGAUGAAUGAGAAAUUCAGUGCCGCCUCCGAAGUUCAUAGUGAUCAUGAUACUAUCACAUCAUGUACGUCGGGCGACUUAAAUGCUAUACAUGAAGUUUCAGCCGAAAAUGGAACCGACUCGCUAGAGAAAGGGAUUUUCACAGGCGAUAGACGCAGCAGUAUAUCGAGAGCCUCUGGAGAUCUAAGGAGGACAGCGAGCAAUGUCCUGGCACAGGUGGCUUCCCGUAUAACCACGAAAUCCUGGGCUGAGCCACCACCUCCACCAGAUGGGGGUCUUAAAGCAUGGACACAAGCCGGGAUGGGUUUCUUCGUUCUUUUUUCAACUUGGGGUUAUGCAAAUUCAUUUGGAGCCUUUCAGACGUACUAUACUCAAACUUUGCCUGAGCCCCCUUCAACAAUCUCUUGGAUUGGAGGCAUCCAGGUGUUGUUAUCGUUGGUAACCGGGCUUGUGUCGGGCAGAUUGCUCGACGCUGGCUUCUUUAUGCCGGUGUUUUUUGUGGGAAUUGUAGUCCAGCUUUUAGGCAUCUUCCUUAUGAGUAUAUCGACCAAAUUCUGGCAGUUGUUUCUAACACAGGGCGUUAUCAGCGGUCUUGGAGCCGGCAUCUACUUUACACCAGCCGUUUCCUUAGUCAGCACCUACUUUGACAAGCGUCGCGGACUGGCUGUUGGGAUAGCCACAGCUGGGAACUCUCUUGGUGGCGCUGUAUACCCUCUGAUCGUUCGAGAACUCAUUCCAAAAGUGGGAUUUGCGUGGACCACAAGGGUCAUAGGAUUCCUCAACCUCGGGCUGCUUUCUCUUGCUUUUGCUUUCAUGCGACCACGCCUACCACCUCGAAAAUCAGGCCCGAUUCUUGAGCUUGGCGCAUUCAAGGAAAUCAAAUUUACUGGAUUCCUCUGUUCAGCCUUCUUUGUAUUCUGGGCUAACUACUAUACCUUCUACUAUAUAGCUUCUUUCGGGACGCAAGCUCUGAAUCUUCCAUAUUCAUCAGCUUCUCUUCUCGUUGUUAUCAUCAAUGGUGUCGGGCUCCCCUUUCGCAUCAUUGUCCCAAUGUUAGCUGACCGGAUCGGCAACCUGAAUGUUAUCGUCCCCGUAGCACUUAUCUGGGCCAUUGUGAGCUUCACUUGGCUAGCCGUGCAUAGUAUCUCAGGUUAUUAUGCGUUCACAGUUGUAUAUGGCAUAACAUCGGCAUCGUUCCAAUGUCUUUUCCCAUCAACCGUGGCCAGAAUCACUCCCCGACUCGACACGAUCGGCACCAGGCUUGGUAUGGCAUUUUCUGUCAGCGGGCUCGCCUCUCUUACUGGACCUCCCAUCGGCGGCGCCAUCCAAGCUGCAAGCGGAGGAGGUUACUUGGCUCCUCAAAUAUGGGCUGCGACGGUAACAUUCAUUGCCUUUGUGUUGUUCACCGCAGUUCGAAUACAUAUCGGUGGUCUAAGUCUGAAGGCGAGAUGUUAAUGGCAGGGUAUGAGAACGUUUCUGAAGGGUUUGUGGGGUUGGUACUGAUAGAGUACCGAAAUGUUUUUUCGUUGCUUUGUUUUCUUCAUAACUGAACUCGUGCUCAUGUUAACCAUAGAUUCUAGAUCCACUUAAUCAAUAAUCAACAGAUCAAAGUGCAUUCAAUCACUAUACAACGAUCUAGCUACAGUACACCCUCAUUUCGUAGACUGUUCUCCUUGCCGAAUUGGGUCUUUCUAAUGGCCAAAAGGCGGACUCAUCAUAGCAGGCAACCGUAGCGCGAGUCAUGUGUGAAAUGAGGUGGAAUAUUGUAGAGCGUGGUCAGCAACUCCUUCCGAUGCGUUGUAUGCUACGUCAUAG